AUGAUUUAAAGUUAGCCAUAUCAAUACCGCUUUGGAUCAGAACCUCUUCACGGCAUCGUCAAGAGUCUCAAUCUGCCCAUUUAAUUUGAAUAUGUUCAAGAAAUCUGCAUUUUUGAAUAAUUAAUAAAAUUAGUUGAGAUUUCAGAAAAACUUGAAAAUUAUAGCAAAUAUUUCACAAAUUCAAUCAAUAAAUUAGAAUAGCUCAAACCAUUUUAUUAAACUAUUCAAUCAUCUUUUCAUUAAGGAGUUGACAAGAAAAAUGAAAUCUAUGAACAUUGUCAUAAUAUCUAAAAUUAUAUUAUCCAAAAUCAAUUCAAAUACUUAGAACAUGAGAAAUUACUAUCAGUCUCAGACUUGCUAUUAGUAGAGCUAUUGGAGAUUGUUAACAAUAUGUAUCCCAACAUACUCUAUAAUCAAUAUCAAAUUUUGUAUUAAUUCUUAGCAAAAGUCUUAUCCAAUAAUGUUUUGUAGAAUUACUACUUCAAUGUGGAUUUUAUGAUGAAGGAUUUUUCGCCCAAUAUAAAGAAUGCUCAAAAUAUUUUGAAAGGAAUCAUAUAGACUAACUUACCAACUUUCCAUGAUUUUGCCUAAUGUCAAGGAAUAUUGUAUAGAUACAAGGAGGAUGGCAAAUAAUUUCCAGAUAAUUGCCCUGUUAGCUUGUUCCCCUUAUAUAUAAACUACGAUAUAAUCAAUGAUAUAAAGAAGAAAACGAUCUUAUAGUAAAAAGUGGUUGCCAAAAUGGGUAUGGAUUUUGAAUGGUACACUGGUAUAUUGGGAAGAUUGGCAAAGCAUGAUGAAUUCAUAAGAAGAAUGAUUUCAAUAUAAGCCAAGGUAGAAAAGUCACAAACAAAAUGUCCUUAUACAAUUUGCAUCGUGAGAAAUGAUUUUUUGCACCAUGCUUCUUUGAAUCAAUGGAUGCAAGUAGAAUAUAAUUGCAUAGCAAUAAGUUUUGGGUUUAUUUCAGAUAGAGUUCAGAAGUACCAUUCACUUCUAUUUGAUUCUUAUUAUAAGUAAAUAAGAGAGAACUACAAAGUUAAAGUGAAACAAGACUUAAAUCAUGAUAUCAUGGUUGAUGCAUUACACAAAGCAUAUGAACUGUACAAUAAUAAAAAUGCUAUUGUUCUAAUAAUAACAGCAGAAUUUGAAGGAAAUAUAUAUGAUUAGAGAUACAUUGAAAAAGGGUUAGCAAAAUUAGGAAUUUUGAGUAAAAGAACUACAUUCUUAAGACUAAUUGGUAACAUCACUUCAGAGAAUGGAAUUCUAAGAGCAUUUGGAUAAGAAGUAGCUUUGGUGUAUUUUAGAACUGGAUAUACUUUUGAUCAAUAUGAAAAUGAAGAAUGCUGGAGUAUAAGAGAAAUGAUUGAAUUAAGCAAAGCACUCAAAUGUCCAAGUUUGAAUACUUAAUUAGUGAAUUUUAAGAAACUUUAACAAAUUUUAUUAGAUGAAACUUAAAUCCAGAAGUUUUUGAACAAAGAUGAAGCCAAACUCAUAAGUGAGAAUUAUUGUAAAAUUUGGGGUUUUGAUCAUGAGGACUAACACGAGAAGUUGAUUGAAAUGAUCUAAUAGAAUCCUCAUGAUUAUGUGUUGAAACCAUAAAGAGAAGGAGGUGGAAACAAUUAUUACGAUGAUUAAAUCAUUCCUGAACUAUUGAAAUUGACUCCUGAGUAAAGAACUGAGUUUAUUGUAAUGGAAAGAAUCAAACCGAUUCCUAGGAUCGGAUUCAUGAUGAGAAGGGGUCAAUUAGAUAUUUAAGCUGUGAUAAGUGAAAUUAGUGUUAUUGGGUAUUUCAUAAAUGAGGGAGAGAAUAUAUUGGUGAAUGAAGUCGGGGGGUAUCUAGUUAGGACAAAAAGAUACUUAGAUAAUGAAGGAGGAGUGGCAGCAGGUUAUGCAGUAGUGGACUCUUUUAUGGUAGCUGAUAGUUGA